AUGUCGGCUUUUUUGCAAGACGCCCAUCGCGGGGAAGAUAGCUAUUCCGACAGCGAUUCUGCAUCUGAUAGCUUGAACAUCGUCAAUGGAAACGAUGAAGGCUGGGAAGACAUUGAACCGGAGGAAGAGAGUCAGCCAGUUGUGGGGCUGUUCAGCGCAGAUGUUUAUCCUGAUGUCCGCGCAUUGUUGAAAGAUACCAAAGAAAGGUACAACUUUGACCUCGUGAAGGUGCAGAGAGAUCUUGACCUGGAUUUUCUAGGAACCAUUCGACUGGUCAAUUAUUUACGCUCGGAGAUCAAGAAAGGAAACAAGGAACCCUCGGUUAGCUCUUCGGCUUUAUUCGAUGACGAUGCCUAUUUGAAACCGGUUCUCGACGACGAUGCCUUACUUUAUAGCCUCGACGACCUGACAGACGACGUGGAAGUCGAAGACGGAAAAGCGCCUAGCGAGAAGCGCAUUUUGGAACUUCAGGAGGAGUUGGAGAAGCUGAAAAAUCAAUUUUCGGAGUACAGACUGGCGGUACAAAAGUCAUUGGGCGAACAGUUAGCCAGUGUGUCUGUCGAUGACAGCGCAGCAGGGCCUGGAGCACCGAAGAAAGGAAAAAUCGAAGAAGCCGACGCUGACUAUUUCACUUCUUACUCAUUCAAUGCAAUUCACGAGACCAUGCUCAAGGACACUGUGCGAACCGAUGCUUAUCGCGACUUCAUAUACGAUAACAAAGGUUUAUUCAAGGACAAGGUUGUUCUUGAUGUUGGCUGUGGAACGGGCAUUCUAUCUAUGUUCUGUGCAAAAGCCGGAGCUAAAAUGGUCAUCGCGGUGGAUAAUUCCAACAUCAUCCAAAAAGCUCGGGAGAAUAUCUACAAGAAUGGCUUCGAAGAUGUCAUAACGUGUGUUCGUGGCAAGAUCGAAGAAGUUAGUCUGCCUGUGCCCCAAGUGGACAUCAUUGUAUCGGAAUGGAUGGGAUAUGGACUACUGUUCGAAGCAAUGUUGGACUCGGUGUUGUGGGCUAGAGACCAUUACUUGGUGCCGGGUGGCCUCAUGGUGCCAUCACAUACUACUCUACGCAUUGCACCAUAUGUGGACAGUGACUUUUUGGACUCUCACGUGACUUUCUGGAAAUCUGUCUACGGCUUUGACAUGUCCAGCAUGCUUGAACACAUUCACGAUGAGGCAAUCGUUACUACAACUAAACCCGAGACUGUUGUCGGUUCAUCGGCUGUCUUCUUACCGCUUCCGCUACACACAAUUACCGUUGCAGAAUUGACUUUCCUCAAGAAUUUUGAAGUGACUCUUACAGAAGACAUUCCUGGACUCGACGGUUGGAACAUCUGGUUCGACACUUUCUUCUUGCCUUCUCCUACUUUCAAAUUCGACGAGAAUACCGAACCUGUAGAGCUGAAAAAGCACGGACUGGUCGCGUUCACUACUGGUCCCUUUGACACCGAAACACACUGGCAACAAUGUGUGCUUCUCGCGAACCACGGUGGAAAGGAACCUACUGCGUUGAAGAAAGGACAAGUUAUCAAAGGCAGUGUUGGCUAUCAGAAGAAGGAAGAAGGUUCGCGCGCAUUGGAUAUCGAGGUCUCCUGGGAGAUUGAUGGAGACAAGAAACGACAGCUGUGGUCAUUGCAGUAA